AUGACACGUGGACCCCUGUCCGCCGUCGAUAGCACCGUGGAUCUGCACAGGUCAAGCGCCUCGUGGAUCAUUUCCUGGAUAUGGGCCUCCGUCAUCCAGUACUCCCUCAGCCGGCGUUUCGAGCAAGGGAAGAGCUCGGACUUGUGGUCGCAGGGCAAGGUGGGUUCAGAGAUAGUCUCGGAGCCCAGAGUGGUCUCGCCGGCGCCGGAGUCUCUUGGUUUUAGGAUGAAAUUUGUUCGGAUCUGGAAUUGGAACAAGCAGCGCCCUUCUAGGGAGACUCGCCGGUUCGUAUUUACGCGACCCUCGUCGAUCUCGAUCUGA